ACGCCCAACGCCGAUACGCACGUCACGAUGAACGCCCUCUGCGCCUCCCCCGUCGUCGCCCCGCAGUUCGCGGGCGCGAAGAAGUCCUUCUCCGUCAAGAAGGCCGCCGCCGUCAAGCGCGACGUCCGCGUCAAGGCGGACUGGUCCAUCGGCUCCCCGGAGAACGCGAUCGUCUGCAUCAACACCGCGGCGUGCCUCUUCGCCGGCCGCUUCGGCCUCGCGCCCACCGUGAACAAAAACUACGGUGGCGCGGACUCGUACACGAUGGUCGAGGCGGAGCGUCCGCGCGUGCAGUCGCGCGACCCGGCUGGCUUCACGAUCGUGGACGUCGCCGCGUGGGGGUCCCUCGCGCACAUCAUCUCCGCGGGCGAGAUCCUCGGUCAGCAGGCGAAGGGUUUCUUCUGAGCGGUGGGUACGACGUCUACCGAGCGGAGAGGAGAGACGGAGGACGGACGGCGGGUGGUCGAGACGACGCCGGAGUCCGACCGGCGGGGCGCGGGUUGGGGCGGACGAAGGAAGGAAGGAUGAUGAUCGCGCGGUCGGAGCCGCCGCGGUGGGAUGGAAACAUGAAUAAUGAACGACACUUUAGAACGUCGCGCCCUAACGGCGUUGUUUGUCGUCGACGCGAAGGUGUACUCU